AUGCCGCAUCAAGAGAGGCCCUCCACCAUUCUCCAACGCCCAAGUGACUGCAGAGAAUCCCGCUGUGUGACGGGGCGUCCUUCCAGCGCUGAGAGGGCUGCAUGCUCGUUGAAUGGACCAGUGCGAUAUGCAGGUGACGGCCUCUCGUCGCCAAAGGGCCAUGGCAGCGCUAUGGAGGCCACUAGCGAUGGUGGUGUGCGCCACGGUACCCCUGGCCAAGAGCCUGCCAAGCGUGGUUGGUGCACUGCAGCCUUUUCCGAUAGACGGGCGGGUACUCCGUCGUCUGUCCCUGAGCAGGGCCUGGCAGCGCUACCCCAGACCGCUGCAGGGCGGCCGUCGUACAGCAGUGCUAGUGCUUGGGCCUGCCUGCUGCUAGCGGCGUCGUGCGCUAAGGAAUGGAGUCCGCGUGUGGCGCUCCAGGCACGCUGCUCCGGGGCUGGUUUUGUACAUCAACUCGCAGCCAGACGUCGCCGCAACCUGAAGGCCCGCCUAGCUCGUUGGGGCCUGCAGCGGUGCUCUGGUGCUGGGAUCUGCUCGCCUGUGCUGAUUGGGACAAAUCCGCUGCAGCCCCUGGACCCGACGUGCUUCCCCUCUCCUCGAGCCCGCCCAAACAAGACGCGCUGCUCCAGUUUUAAUGCGCUGCUCUUGAUACCACCAUCACCACCAGCCGUCGCAGCCACAAACCUAUUUCCUGCUGCGCUGUGCCCUCGUCUCAUCCGUCCUGCAACUCCUGCGCGCCAGCUUAGACGAGACGCCGCGGCACCUUGUUUCUGCAUCGCAUCGCCUCGCCUCGCAUCGCCUGUGCCCGACUCAAACCUCUGCCUUCCGCGUCUUUCUCUCGCUCGAACCGAGAUUUGCCUGUGUUCCGCUCGGCUAGCGACGCUGUCCUGA